CAUACAUCAGAUCAUAGUUAUUGAACGUUGUUAGACUUCAAGGUCAAGUCGAUUUGAAGGUCAAGUAAACGUAGUAUUGGGAUUUUUGGCCCUAUGCUAGAGUUUCAGUCUUCAGGACACCAUAUGGGAUCUGUCCUCUUAGAAGGUCAUAUCUCUGAUAAUGGACAAUAUACUGGAGACUAUUUGACGUUACUUGACGAACCAAUUCGUGAUACAAUUUUUAGAUCAGCCCGCGCUGUUGGUCAAAAGUUUGCUUACGUCCUAGUUCCACGCCAAGGACAGGGGUUGUUGAAAGAAUGGGAUUUGUGGGGUCCGUUAGUGUUAUGUCUUAUCAUGUCAGCGCUCUUGCAUAGUAGCUCAAACUCAGAAAGUUCCGGACAUGGCGGACCAGAGUUUGCCCAGGUCUUCAUUAUUUUCUGGCUGGGUUCAGCAGUUGUGACUUUGAAUUCUAAAUUACUCGGUGGUGCAGUGUCAUUCCUACAAACCGUAUGCGUUUUGGGGUAUUGUAUUUUGCCUCUUGUUAUUGGUUUGGUUAUAUGUCGAUUACUGUUGCUUGCAAGUUCUAAUUCUGUGUUUGUUUUUAUCAUACGAUUAUUCAUUGUUAUUUCUGGGUUGGUUUAUUCAUCUUAUGCAUCCUUUAUUUUUGUCCAUCCUGCAUUGCCAAAAAAUCGUGUUGCUCUAUCUGUAUAUCCAAUAGUUUUAUUUUAUGUAUUUCUUUCAUGGCUUGUAAUAUCAGUUGCGUAAUUUUUCGAGAUUAUGAUCUUCAUCUGAUUUUGUAAUUUUCUAGUAUUGUAUAAUUCUGCUCAACAUCUAUUGUGAUACUACUGAUGAGAAAAUAUUACUCUGUACAUUACUAUCUGUUACUGAUCUUUUAAAACUCUUAUCCUUAUAUAACCUGUCUUUUAUGGUGUUUUGUCAACUUAUAGACCAAUCGCUUGUUAAACCCACUCAUCGGGUAAUCUCUGUUACAUUUGUCUGAAUACAAAUAUUUGUUAGUAUUUUAUAUCUGCGACAAAUAGCAUUCCUAAAAUUUGG